UCAAGCAUUUUACACCAACUUCGUAACCACCAAUAUCAUCAAGACACGUGCACUACUUCCGUAGACUUCUCCAACAACAAUCGUUGACUCGUCUUAUCUACGACUCAAUCAAACCUUACACUUCCUCCUCCGUCACUAUCAAUGGCGGAUCAUCUCUUACUCUCUCUCUUUCUCAAUCUCUCUCUCUCAAUCUCAUACUAAUCCCAAAACAGUAUCCAUGGAUUACCAAACCUCACUAAUCCUAGCCACCAGCACAAGCUCCAUCUUCCUCUUACUAAUCGUCUUCGCCGUCGUUAUGUUGGUAUGUCGUCGUCGUCCUCCAAUCGAAAACCAUCCUCGCCGGAGUCUUAACUUCCCCGAUCCCGAUCUAAACACUGAAACCGUAACCGAAAGCUUUGAUCCAUCAAUCUGUGAAAUAUCCAUGGCGGAACUCACUAUAGCAACAAAAAACUUCUCAUCUGAUCUAAUCGUCGGCGACGGAAGUUUCGGUCUCGUUUAUAAAGCUCAGCUCUCAAACGGCGUCGUAGUCGCCGUUAAAAAGCUCGAUCACGAUGCUUUACAAGGAUUCCGUGAAUUCGCAGCGGAAAUGGACACUCUAGGUCGUCUCAAACACCCAAACAUAGUUCGGAUUCUCGGUUAUUGUAUAUCCGGAUUGGAUCGGAUUCUGAUUUACGAGUUCUUAGAGAAAAGUAGCCUCGAUUAUUGGUUACACGAGACUGAUGAUGAGAACAGUCCAUUGACUUGGCCAACACGCGUGAAUAUCACGCGCGAUGUGGCCAAGGGUUUAGCUUAUCUUCAUGGACUACCGAAGCCGAUUAUUCAUAGAGAUAUUAAAUCGAGUAAUGUGUUGUUGGAUUCGGAUUUUGUUGCACAUAUAGCGGAUUUCGGGUUGGCGCGUAGAAUGGAUGAGUCGAGGUCUCAUGUGUCGACGCAAGUGGCAGGGACGAUGGGGUACAUGCCCCCGGAGUAUUGGGAAGGGAAUACCGCAGCGACAGUUAAAGCUGAUGUUUAUAGUUUUGGUGUUUUGAUGUUGGAAUUGGCAACGCGGAGACGGCCGAAUUUAACGGUUUUUGUGGAUGAGAAGGAAGUUGGGUUGGCUCAAUGGGCUGUGAUCAUGGUGGAGCAAAGUCGGUGUUAUGAAAUGUUAGAUUUCGGAGGUGUUGGUGGUAGUGAGAAGGGUGUGGAAGAGUAUUUUAGGAUUGCUUGUCUUUGUAUUAAAGAGUCGACUAGAGAAAGGCCUACUAUGAAUCAAGUGGUGGAGUUGUUGGAAGAAUUAUGUCGACUUAUGUAGUCUUACUCCAUAGGUAGAUGUAAUUAGUUAUGUUUGUAGUCUUUCUUAUUACACAAGUGAAGUUCGUUACAUAUUGGAAUAAUUGGGUAAAUUAUUUCAGACUACAACAAUUACAAAACAAGUUUCGAUUUUCUA